AUGCCGGCACACUCCGAGCAGGCGAGGUGCUCGCUCCCUCGCCUGCAGCUUUCCAGCUCGGGCACAUACACGUGCGUGGCGCUGAACGCGGCCGGCCGGGACGAGAAACGUUUCAGCCUCGCCGUCCACGGCAUCGAGGACCUGCAGCAGGAGACGCUGGAUGCUGACGUGGGGACCCCCCUCGUCCUGACCUGCCAAGUGACUGGUGUGCCCGCGCCUGCCGUCACCUGGCUGAAGGACGGGAGCCCGCUGGAGAGCAGCCCAGAGCAGGGCCUGGUGUCUGGGGGGGAGCAGCUCCAGCUCAGCCCCUUGCAGCCCUUCCACCAGGGCCGGUACACCUGCCUGGUGCGGGGCCCAGGCACCACGACACGCAAGGACUUCGUGGUGCUGGUGCGAGUGGCACCCCGGAUAGCCAGCGCGGGGGUCCCCAGCGAGCACAGUGUGCUGGAAGGCAGGGGGGUGAGGCUGGAGUGCCGGGCGGAGGGGCAGCCCACCCCCCAGAUCACCUGGCUGAAGGACGGGCAGCCUCUGGCACUGCAGCCCUCUUCGCAUGCCCGGAUAUCCCUGGAUGGCAGCUCCCUGCUCCUCGAGGGGCUCCAAGCUGCCGAUUCGGGGGCAUACCCCUGCCUGGCCCGAAACAGCGCGGGCGAAGACGCGCGGCUGCACACGCUGAGCGUGCUGGUGACGUUGGAGUGCCGGGUGCGGGGCCCCCCUCCUGUGCACGUGAGCUGGCUGAAGGAUGGGCUGCCCCUGCGCCUGUCCCCCCAUGUCACCCUGUUCUCAGCUGGGCACGUCCUCCGGUGGCUGAUGCUGGCUUUUUCCUUGGCCCCUAGCCCCGCUGGGGAGGACAGCAGGAGCUUCCACGUCAGCGUCCAAGGCUCGUGGUGGAGGGUGAUGCAGGGAGAGCUGCUGAGGGGACUUGGGGAGACCAGCCACAGGCAGCUCCUGGCCGAGGGGCGCUUCCUGCAGAUCCGGGCCGUGGGGGUGGCGGACGGCGGGGAGUACAGCUGCAGGGCCACUACCGCGCUGGGGGACACCAGCCUGCGCGCCCAGGUGGAGGUUCACGUGGCCCCGGAGAUCCGGCCGGGCCCCGAGGAGGUGAGGGCACCGCUCAACGACUCGGUGGUGCUGCCGUGCCAGGCAGAGGGAUGGCCCAUGCCCCGGGUGACAUGGCGGAAGGAUGACCAGCUCCUGCCUCUCCAUGAGAGCAACAGGCUGCAGCUCCUGCCAGGCGGGUCCCUGCAAAUCCACCCUGUUCAGGUCCAGGAUUCGGGCUAUUAUGUCUGCAUGGCAUCCAGCCCCGCUGGCUCCGACCGGCGAGGCCUGGACCUCCACAUCCUGGUCCCUCCCGCCAUUGCCCCCGGCCCCUCCAACCUCACGCUGCUGGCUCAGCGGCCGGCUGCACUGGGCUGCAACGUCUGGGGGUCGCUGCUCACCCCCAGCCCCGGCCCCCAGGACGAGGGGCGGUUCGAGUGCAUCGCCACCAACGCCGCCGGAGAGGCACGCAAGGUCUUCCUCGUGUCUGUCCACGUGCCCCCCACUAUUGCUGACGACCUUACGGAUGUGGCUGUCACCCGGCUGUCCGCUGUGGUCCUCACCUGCUACGCCUCUGGUGUGCCCCCACCCACAGUGUCAUGGAGCAAGGAUGGGGCUCAGCUGGGCAGCCGAGGAGGGGGCUACCGCGUCCUGCCCACAGGGGCCCUGGAGAUCAGGCAGGCGCUGCCUGCACACGCCGGCCGCUACACCUGCACGGCACGGAGCGCUGCUGGCACAGCCCGAAAACAUCUCUGGCUUGUGGUGCAUGAGCCCCCUGCCUUGAAGCCCUUGCCUGGCAUGGUGAUGGUGAUGGUCAACACCAGCGUGGUGCUGUCCUGUGAGGCGACCGGGGUCCCCCGGCCGGAGGUCACCUGGCAGAAGGAUGGUGUUGGCAUCGCUGGAGAGCCCAGGCUGAAGGUGCUCCCCAACGGGCAGCUGCGUCUCCUCCGGGCCUCCCCCGGGGACGCGGGCACCUAUCUGUGCGUGGCCCACAACCCCUCAGGCACUGCUGCAGGGAGGACCAGGCUGAUUGUGCAAGUGCCCCCCGUUAUCGCAGCCGGCCCGGCAGAGCUGGUUGUCCUGAAGGGGAGGGAGACGUUGCUGCCCUGCGCUGCCCGUGGCAUCCCCGAGCCCCGUGUGUCCUGGAGCCGGGAGGGAGCUGCGGUGCAGGGUGGUGGGGGGAAGGCCACUGUCCUGCCCUCUGGGGACCUGCUGCUCCGGGAUGUCCAGAUGGGCUGGAGCCCCCUGCAGCGGGAUGCGGCCACUCAUGCUGACAGCGGGACCUACGUCUGCCAUGCUGAGAACAGCGCUGGUGCCAUCAGGGCCACCGCCUUUGUCUCUGUCAGAGGGGAGCCGCGCCGCGUGCGGGGCAGCCUGGUUGGCGUCAUCAACGCUCACAAGCUCAGCAUCGCCACCCUUGAUGCCAGUGUGCUGGAUGACCCGCGCUCCAGCACUGCCGCCGUCCAGAGCAGCAUUGGCAGCAUCCCACCCGCUGUCGGGCCGCUGAUGCGGGUGCUGGUCGCCAUCAUCGCCCCCGUUUACUGGUCCUUGGCACACACCAGUGGGGAGGCCCGGAGAGGGUUCCUGCUCACCCGGGGCACCUUCCGGCACGAGUCGCAGCUGGAGUUUGGCACAGGGGAGCUGCUGCGGGUCACCCACCUCGCCCGGGGCAUGGAUCCUACUGGUGCUUUGCUGCUGGAGACCGUGAUCAGUGGCUCCGUGCCAGAGAGCAUUGGCAAGGCUGCGGUGCUGCUGCAGGUGCUGGUGCUGCCCGUCCUCCCCGACUUCAGCGAGCGCUAUGUGCAGACGGGCGUGGGGCAGCUCUUGGGGGGCUCGGUGCAGACCUUCGUGUGGGACAGGCACAUCACCCGUGCCCGCUGCAAUCACACCAUCACGUACGACCCCCCUGUGGGCCCGCAGCCCCCCUGGGUGCAGCACAUCCGUGCCAGCGCCAUCAAAGCCUCCUAUGAUCCAGCCUCGGAGAAGCUCCAUUUCCAGCUCCGUGCCUCACUUGACACAGGGACCAACAGAGACCAGUGCCCACCAGGAUUCACUCUGGACCCUCAGCAGCUGUACUGUGUUGAUGUCGAUGAAUGCGCCGAGGGGUCCCACGCCUGCCGCUACAACCAGCUCUGCCAGAACGCCGCAGGGACGUACCGCUGCGCCUGCCCUCCCGGCUACCGCUCACUGGGUGCUGGCUGGCCGUGCUUGGAUGUAAAUGAGUGCCUCCAGUUUCCUCCACCAUGUGCCUUUGAGUGCCGCAACCUGCGGGGCUCCUACGAGUGCCUGUGCCCUCCUGGCAGGACCUUGCUGCCAGGCGGCGAGUGCGGCACAGUGGGGGUGGAGGGAGGGGGCACAAUGGGCAGCACCCCGCAGGACCCCACCCUGCACUGGCCAGGGCCAAGCAGCCGCCCACGGGGACGGACCCUCUACACCCAGCUUGCCCUCCGCCGCGUGGCAAAGGCUGCGGGACUGGAUGCCCGGGGCCCCCCCUGCCCCAUGGGCUUCAUCAAGAGGAAUGGCACCUGUGCCGAUGUGGACGAGUGUGUGGAGGACACGAUCCAGUGUGGCUCCAGCCAGAUGUGCUUCAACACCCGUGGAGGUGCCCAGUGCGUGGAUGUGCCAUGCCCGGCUGGGUACCAGAGAGGCUCCAGCCCUGGCCCCUUUGCCCUCCGCACCGAAAGUGGCCGUGGCAUUGUCUUCACCCUGCGCCCGCUGAGGGACCCUGGCACCCCCCCCCUAAUGGCGACCUUGGGCGGGCAACGGGCACCCAGCAUCUUCCUCCUCCUCAUCUCCAUCUCGCCCUACCCCUACUGA